GUAAAACCGACAAGCGGAAGUGUCCGUCUGUUGACAUCGAGGAUUCGCAUGUGUAUAGUUUUUGUGUGGCAUGCAUAGUGGAAAGCCUCGCGUCAGUCUGGAAACCAAUCUGUCAGAAAGUAGAAAUCACAGUCGUGGGAAAGGUUGCUGACCUGACAGUUGUGCAGAAAACCAUCACUGAUACCCUCCACAAGGAGAGAAAGCCUCAAAAGGUCCCAGAGUCUGGAGGAAGAUUGGAGAGGCACACAAUCCAAGCUUUCAAUGAGAUGGAGCCUGCUUUAAUGAAACAACAGCCAUGUACAACACUUGAGUAAUUUAUUUCUAAAGCAAUCAAAAGGCUUUUCUUUGUGUUCAAGAUGACAUCCCAGGAGGUUCGCCUGUGUGGUCUUCUACUUCGGGAGCAUUUUGGGGAGGUGGUUGAGAAAGUGGGAACACACAUGCUCAGAAAUGGAGUCCAAAAUUUAAGAACCAUCGUUCAUGAGACUGGUAUCUCAGUUGAUCUGGUAAAGAAGUCUCUGUGUGUGCUUCUGCAGCAUGGGGCUUGUUUGUUCACCACGGGUCGGAAAGGACUCGGGAGCCCGACAGAGUAUCAGGCCUACUGUCAUCGGAUCCUGAGAAUUCUGCGUUACCCACGUUACAUCUACACUGCCAAAACCCUGUAUGGUGACACAGGCGAACUAAUCAUAGAGGAGUUGCUACAGAGGGGCUACAUGACGAUGAGCAGUACGGUUAAGAUAGUCGCAGACCGUCUCACACAAAACAUGGAGGAGGGGCAUAGCGUGGAUUAUAGUGAAGUGUCCUCUUCCUUUUCCAAACUGGUGGAGACCCAUUUUCUUCAGCGCUGCCCUCCGUUGGGGGGAGCAAAAACAACAGAAAGCACAGCAUCCAGUGCAACCUCUGCCGCUCCUGCUACUCCUGCAGCCAGUGUCACCCUGCCCACACCAGAGAGCUUCCCUGACUGUUACAAGGUACCUCAUGUGACACUUGUGGGACGAGGAAAACGUCAACUUGCCAGUGAGGAUGGAGAGGAGCAAAGGAGUGCAAAAAGAGCUAGAAUGGAUUCAGAGGUAGCAAAGAUGCAUGGUGAUGAGGGGAUCUACUGGCAGGUUAAUUUUGAGCGGUUCCAUCUGUACUUCAGAGACCAGGCAAUCAUCAGCGCUGUGGCUAACAAGCUGGAUCAGACUAGCAGUGAAAUAGUGAGGACCAUGUUGAGGAUGAGUGAAGUUACAACUUCACCCACAGCCACCUGCACAAAGCCCCUCUCAGCCAAUGAGAUCUUCAGGUCCCUUCCAGCCAGUUACAACAUUCCCAGACAGAUCUUGGACCAGUACCUCACUCUGCUGGUAGAUGACCCGAUGGAGUUUGUGGGGAAGGCUGGCGAAAGUGGAGGAGGAAUGUAUGUUGUCAAUCUACACAGAGCAUUAGCCAACCUGGCACGAGCCACACUUGAGUCUGUAGUACAGGAAAGAUUUGGCUCCAGAUCUGCUCGUAUCUUCCGUCUGUUGCUCCGGAAACAUCAUCUGGAGCAGAAGCAGGUGGAGGAUUUUGCCAUGAUUCCAGCAAAAGAGGCUAAAGACAUGCUGUACACAUUGCUUUCACAGAACCUGGUCCAGCUGCAGGAAAUCCCCAAGACACCAGACUACGCUCCCUCUCGCACGUUCUAUCUUUAUAAUGUCAACCAACUCCCCACAGCAAGAAUGCUGCUACAGAACUGUUACAAGACGAUAGCCAACCUCAUUGACCGACGCCUUUUUGAGAGCAAAGAGAGCAAACGCCUUCUGGAGAAAUCCCAGCGAAUUGAAGCCAUUCUGGCAUCUCUGCAGGCCAGCGGCGCUGAGCCCGAACAACUGACUGAGGUCGAGGAGAUGAUCACCGCUCCUGAGAAGCAACAGCUGGAUAGCUUGAGGCUUCAUGUUAACAAGUUAGAUUCAGCAGAGAACCAAGUAGAUGAAACCAUUUUUCUUCUGGAGUCCUACAUCAGCUCCACUGCAACAUCCGCAAGUUGAGUCAGACUCAGGAGCAUCACUAUCCACUCCCAGUUUUCUUAAAUUUUUUUCUCAUGAUUAAUGUCAGAUAAAACUGUAACAGUUUGUAAAUGAGAUUUUUCAUAGUUAGGGGUAAAAUUUCAAUAGAUUUUGUUUUUCCUGUUUUAAUGAUGUGUCGACA